UCCCUCCCUGUCCCCUCUGUCUAUCCAUAUAUAUUAAUCACUUUCAGUUCAGCCAUUCCACACAGUCUCUCUCUCACGACAGUUUUUGCAGCCAUUCACAAUCUCUAUCUCUAUCUCUCUCUCUCUGUGUCUCAAAAUGGCCGAGUCAUAGAAUAAGGUUUUUGCCGCCUUUUGGUACUCCAUCAUAGGCCGUCUCCUCUGUACCAACAGCAGAAAGGAAGAUCAGAAGGAGGAAAAAAGUGGAGUCCAGAUUUUUGAUCUUCAGCAUUUUGAGUCCUCAUCAACCAAUGUCUGCGUCUUUGGCGUGCACAACUGAUGCCAUGAGGUUGUUGGAGGAAGAGCAGUUUCUUCAGUUGAAUAAGAAAGAGAAGGACCCGUUGAAGCCGAAGCAACCGAUGUCUGCGUUUUUCAUGUUCAGAAAUGAGCGACGAGCAGAGAGCAAGAGUGGCUGGGAGGUAAUUGAAGAAUGGAAUAACAUGACAGAGGAACAGAAGAAGCCGUAUGAAAAGAUUGCUGAUCCCAACAAACCGAAGAAGCCCGCAUCCUCAUUCCUCAUUGCUUGUUUUAAAAAGCAAGCUUGAAUAUUGAUGAAGGAGGCUCUACUUCUCUCUCUCCUUUCCUCUAUUCCCCAACUGUCAACUCUUGCUAUAGGGUUUUAUAUGAUUUAUUCUGUUCAAUUUCGUGUUGAUUUCUUAAAUGGGUUUGGUUUAAGUGGCUUGAUUUCUAGAGCUUUAUGGGUUUGAUAUCGUAAAUGGGUUUGAUUUUACUGUAAUGAUUUGCAGCAAAAAUGUCUGGGUUUGAACGCUUGAAAGGAAUACUGUUAUAUUAUUUCCUUGAUUCUGUAAAUAAAAUGUGUGGGAAUUUAGGUUUGGUAAAUAUAGCUGCUGAUGACUUGUUGCUUGUGGUACUUGUUAGUAUAAUAAUUCUGGUUAUAGUUUAAUUUUUCAUUUGUGACGAUGCGAUUAUCAUCAUACAAUAAUACUCCCUUGGUUUGUUGUGUGCUUUUUAGCUUCAUAAAGCCUUAGUGUAGCACUUGAAUCUUCAAAAUGUAAACUUGUCUACCGGAACAAACAAUCUGCUGCUGCGUCCAGCUCUUCUGUUUCGGAAGGUAGUGGCAGUGUUACACUCAAGUCACCAGGGAUUUGCAGCCCUACUGCUACAUCCCCGUCUCAUUGGUACUGUUCUCUAACUUCUGUGCUUCUACAUUUUAAUUGUAGUUACUAUAGUAUGUUAUCAAUUGCUAUAAUUGAAGUUUGGGUGCAAGUGAAAUUGAAUCUGAAAUUUACAGAUAAUGAAUAGUAUUGUUUAGUCCAUUUCCUUUUAUAGACUCAAUUCAUUUUCUUUUCUUUUCUUUUCUUUUUUCCAUUCCUUGAUGAUUACAAGCCAUAUGUAAUUUACUUGUGUUGCUUAAAGAUUGGAACUUGGAAGGGGUUUUAAUAGUUAUUGAGCUUAAAACCAAUAAUCUUCUAUGAAUGGCUGUCAUACAAGUGUU